AGCUCCACGUCACCUUCUCCCUCUUUGCACUUUCUCUCUCUACCAAACUCACUCUCUCUCUCUCUUCGAGUUUCUGGUUUUCGCUUUAGUUGAGUUCUCACUCUACAGCUACUGCCCGGCCAGGUUGAGUCGAUUGUCUGCAAUUGCGGUUGUCGGUGAGAUCGCGCCAUCGCUCGUUGUGUCGAUUCAUUAAAUUCGGAAAGGCAUUUCUUCUCUGGAUUGCGAUCUCCUACUGGACGACUACCUGCCUUUCUUUUUCUUCUUCUCGCUUCACCCCGAAAUCGAUGCUUCACGGACCUCGUACUGUCGCCGCCGCCUGCUGAUCGAUCCCAGAUACAUUUUUGCAAAGUGAUGGACCAUAAAGCAUGGCUUUGGAAAAAGAAAACUCCAGAGAAGACCAUUGCGAAUGAUCAAGUUGACCUCCCCCUAAAUGCAAACACGGAGCAGCAGGUACAGGUGGCUUCAAUUGAUAAAGCAGAGUUGGAGAAAGAAUUGAAACAUUUGACUGAUAAGCUUUCUUAUGUUCUUUCCGAAUGUAACACCAAAGACGAGCUUGUAAAAAAACAUGAAAAGAUGGCUCAAGAAGCUAUGGCGGGAUGGGAGCAAACGGAAACUGAAGUGGUUUCUCUAAGAAAGAGGCUAGAGGAAUCAUUGAAGGAGAGACUAGCUGGUGAAGAGAGACUCGCACAUCUUGAUGCAGCUCUGAAAGAAUGUAUGCAGCAACUGCAUUUUGUCAGAGAGGAGCAGGAAAAAAGAAUUCAUGAUGCUGUUAUGAAGACGUCAAAGGAGUUUGAAAAGUCCCAAGUAGUUUUGGAAGGGAAAUUAGAAGAAACAAACAAAAGGCUUGCCAAGAUGGGCAUUGAGAAUAGUCAUCUCAGUAAAUCUCUAGUAUCCAAGGAAAAAUUGGUUGAAGACUUAAAUAAACAGCGAAAGCGGGCUGAGGCAGAUAUUGGUAUCCUAAUGGCUAGACUCGAAUCCAUCAAGAAAGAUAAUAAUUCUCUCAAAUAUGAGGUCCAUGUUCUUGAGAAAGAGCUUGAGAUUCGGAAUGAGGAGAGAGAAUUCAAUCGUAGGACAGCUGAUGUGUCUCACAAGCAACACCUCGAGAGUGUGAAGAAAAUCGCAAAGUUAGAAUCAGAAUGUCAGAGGUUACGUCUAUUAGUUCGGAAAAGGUUACCAGGACCGGCAGCCGUAGCUAAAAUGAAAAACGAAGUUGAAAUGCUUGGAAGGGAUUCAGCCCGGACGAGGAAAAUAAAUACCGGGCAAAUAGGUUCCAUGUCAGACUUUGCAGUCGAUAACUGUCCUGAGACACCUAGUAAGAGAAUCAGCAUUCUCACAGAGCAGUUAAUUGUCAUGGAGGAAGGGAACAAAGCUCUCAAAGAAGCUCUAAGUAAGAAAGAAAGGGAACUUCAUAUCUCUAGGGUCCUGAAUGUUCACACAGGUUCCAAAUUACCACAGAUUGACUCACAGGUUGAAGGAUCACUAAAAGGUCAGAAGGGUGUGGACAUGACAAGGAACACUCAUUUGUCACAUGAACCAUCUCUGGCGUCAGUAUCUGAUAUUGGCAGUGAUGAUAAGGUAAGUUGUGCUGAAUCGUGGGCAACUGCUCUAAUUUCAGAAUUGGAGAAUGUCCGUAACGAGAAACAGAGGCGGUCGGUAUCCUCCAAAACUAUUGGAGCUUCUGAUAUCAGCUUAAUGGACGACUUUGUUGAAAUGGAAAAGUUAGCAAUUGUCUCUGCAGAUGAUAGAUCAAGGGCAGACCAGGAAUCCCAUUCCACUGGUACAAUCCUUGUUAACGUUCCUGAAUGGCUUCAACAGAUACUGAAAGUGGUUCUGGAGCAACAUCAGUCCACUGAAAGACGCCUGGAUGAAAUACUUGAGGAUGUUAGAAUUACUUUGGCUCAUGUCCACCGUCAAAACCCCGGAAAGUUUGGAGAUAAAAUGGAAAGGGCAAGUAACAACGAGAAUAACUUAUUUAAGCCUUCUAAUAGUUCUUUGAGGUUGGGAUUAUCUCCUAAAAUCGUUGACCCUGAUUUCUUGUCAGUGGGAAAGAGCAAUCAGAAGGUAAAGCCAGAUUUGAGCAAAUCAAUGUCUAAAAUAAUUGAGCUUAUGGAGAGUAUUAGUCUUCCUUCUCAAAACUCAGAAAAUCCGGAUACAUCUUUGAAGAACGAAAGGAAUUUUUCUUCCAAUAAGAGUUCAGAAACACACACAGGCUACAUGGUUCGCAUUUUCCAAUGGAAAACUUCAGAACUUGGCGAUGUCUUAGAGCACUUUCUCCGUACUUGUCAUGAUCUUUCGAAUGAAAAAGCUGAUCUCUGUAAUUUUUUUAAAGAAUUAGCUUCAGCUUUGGAAUGGGUUCUGAACCACUGUUUUUCCCUUCAAGAUGUUUCAAGCAUGAGGGAUGAGAUUAUGCAAAAUAUCGAUUGGGAUGAAUCGAGAAGUGAAGGUGAAGUAGAAGCAGGAAUUAUACAUAAGCUAUCUGAUGCAGAUAAUUUGCAUAUUCCCAUCAAACAACUUUGUAUCUCUACUAAUUCUGUAGGUGACAAUAUCAAUAUAUCUCAGCUGGGAGAACUCCAAUCUGAUGAACACAAAAAGUUGGAGAAAAAUCUGGAAAAGAUGGAAUCGGCAAAGGAAGGUUUGGAAGGUCAGCUCCAGUCUGCUAUAGGUGAAAAUGGAUCUUUGAUAGAUCAACUUGAAGCAUCCAAAGAAACUAUUGAGAGCUUGCACAUGGAACUGAACAGCUUGAAAGAAUCGAACGGUUUGGCUGAGGACCAGAUUGUAAAUCACAAGUUGAGUUAUGAAGAUCUUGAUAGACAGCUUGCCGUGGCCAAAGUUGAACUAAAUGAGGCUCGUCAACAGUUCUCUUCACUAGAAGUGGAACUGGAGAAUAAGAGCAGCUGCUGUGACGAACUGGAGGCCACAUGUCUUGACUUGCAAUUGCAGCUGGAAAGUAUGAAGAAGGAUGAGAGUCUGAAAAAUGACAUCAUUCAGGAAGGAAAGCAACUACGAACUAACUGGGAGAUCACAUCUGCUUCUGAAAGAUUAGCAGAGUGCCAAGAAACCAUUUUGAACUUGGGGAAGCAGUUGAAAGCUUUGGCUUCACCAAAAGAUGCUGCUCUCUUUGAUAAGAUCGUUCCUACUCCAAAAGAUGCAGACUCCAGCAUCGCCACCAAUAGCAUCGCGAUAAUGAUUCGAGAGUCACCCAAGAACAAGAGUAUGGCCCGUCGCUCUUCUUUGUUGGACAAAAUGCUUGCAGAGGAUAAUGCCAAUGCUACGAACCUAAAAUCCUCCGACAUGAAGGGAGAGAACAACCAUUGUUCUAUCCUCCUGGGUGGAUUGAUGGAGCCUUCAGAGAAGCUUCUCAGUUCAAAUGGAACUAAACCGACAGACGUCGACGAACCUGUUGGUUCUUUGGCCAUCAUGCCACUGAGAAAACGGGGAGCUGGGAGUCUGUGGAGAAAGCUUCUAUGGAGAAAGAAGAAAGUUAACAGCAACAAACCAUCUCUUCCAUUUAAUCAUUGAAAACCAUGCGUGUCCAACGGAAAGUUCCUUUCCUCUUUCUUAUGGCUAACGGAGGAGUAAAUAAGACCGCUUUCGAAGUGAGCCGGGUUUGUUUGCACUGCUUGUGUACAUAGCGCAAGCUCCUCUAGUUAACAUGCGGAAGUCCACACGGUUCUCGACAAAAGGGGUUGUCUUUUGUUCAAGAGCAAGCUAGCUGCCAUGGUUUGUAUAUUCACUUCGCCUCCCAGUUUUGUAGCGACUAAUAUGAAUGUGCUUGUCCAAUAAAUGUCUAUUGUGGCGUGUA